CGGGCGUGUAUUCGCCCCCUCCACGCUUGCGUGCUGCACGCUUUGCGUUGAUUGCAGCGGCGAACGUGGCGAGGAGGCGGCGGCGCGUUUGCGCAUUUUCGCGUAGUGCACUGCGUCGUGGCGGGGGUGGUUUCGGCUUUCUCUCGCCGAACGAACGAAGAUGGUCACGGAGGAGCGAGCCAGAAGAAAGUGCCGAGGGUCUCUCUGCGGGGGGAGGGCGUAUAAAAGGGAGUAGCCACCCCGUGGACCGCAGCAAAAGGAGGAGCCCGCAGUGUCCGAACUCCGCCUGCCGCGUGUGCUAGUCGCUCGCACACCCUGAGGCACCUCUUCACGCUCCGAGUGGACGCAAGAACGGCACGCCGGAAGAUGCCCGCCGCGAUGGGAUUGCCCGUCUCAAUCAAGGUGCUGGUACUGCUUUCAGUAGUCGUGUGCCACGCGGAGCCGGCUAUACCAUCGGGCAAGCGCACUCAGUACUUGGUGCAGGACCACGCGGGCAAGGGCACCUACAAGUUCGGCUACGACACGGGCGAGGGCGCCCAGCAGCAGAACUUUCGCCAGGAGGAGCGCACCUCGGACGGCACUGUGCGCGGUCGGUACGGCUUCACGGACGCCAACGGGUACCUGCGAGUCAUCGAGUACAUCGCCGACGAGACGGGCUACCACGUGAUACACACCAAGACGGAGCUGCCGCAGAACCGGCCGCGGUCGACGGUCAAGCCGCACGCGCCUUUUCUGGGCCCGCUGCCGCCGUUCAUCCCGCGGCCGCAGCCCGAGGAGGAGGAGACCUGACCCUCCGGACGACGAGCGGCUGCCUCCCCGGAAAAGCGGGGCUGCCGAGCGACGAAGCGCCCGCUGUUGCGCCUCGCCCCGGCGACUCGGGCCACGCACAACCGCCGACGGCGUGCGGCUUCCUGUCGCCGACCGUGCGCGGUGCUUUCGUCCGAGAAGCGUCGCUCGCGUCGAUCAUCGAUUACGCUGGUCACCGAUCACUCGCUGCAGAGAAAAGCGCAAUUUACUUGAGGGGACCUCCACGUGCCGAGAGUGUGAGCUCUCAGCCCACAUAAACCGGUGACAAGCCGGUACAAAUUGUGGUCGCUUGGAUGUCUAUUUCAAGAACCGUGCGUGCCUCAAGUUAUAAAGGUCAACCGAAAGACCGCACAUUUCUUGAGUGUGUGCGUCGGUCCCCGAAUUAUGUAAAUUGGGCAGCAGUACAGUACAACAUGAUCUUUUUCAUUGUGACGAGCACUCUCAGAUGAAAAUGCCACACGAGUAGUAUUUGCAGAAGUGCGGCUCCGCUGGUGAAGAUGUUAAGUCCAUACACUUCUUUUUCGGUCUUCCUUUGUUCUCGCGAAGGUGGUCUCUCAAUUUUAUAUUGGAUCCGUCCAUUAUUAUCUGCAGGCACGAGCAGGGCUUUUUCGUCUCUCUUUUUUCCUCCCUUCAUUUGCAGUACUCUGGCGCUUCGCUUUUACAAGCGCGCGGAUGACAGCUGACUGACGCCGCGAGGUCACGCCGUCUUCGGGGGCUGUUUCGGCGUCCGCUCUGUCAGCUGGUGCUGGCUGCGAGCUGGGAACAAAGUGGCCGCGGUUCGACAGCCUCCGUAGCGGAACUCCAGCGGCAAUCCAUCCCGCCAUUCAGGACUUCAGUCCAACUUUAUCGGCUUUUUUUUUCUUCAAAAACACGCUCAAAAACACAUUUAAAAAAAAGUUUUGAACUACGCCUUAUUUAAUAUUUUGGUCGCCGAAAGUCAGAUGAUACCGUUUGCAGCCGCUACACGUGCUUCCUCACGAACCAAACCCGCAGUGCUUGCCGCCACGUAUCGCCGAGCUUGCCGGAGCCAAAAAUAAAAUUGAUUGACACCGAAAUUAAAUUAGGGUGUCAUCGAGCGAGGGAACGCUCGUAAUUCGCAGUGCCACCACGCGUAGAAAAGAGAGAGGAGGAAAAGCUUCUCUCACGGAAGCAUUGCGCGUCACGUGAAUGCCGGACCACCUGAACGUGAAAGGGAAGCCCGAAAGCUGCCGACUGUGAUCCUGUCGUGUCUUUUAUUGUGGUCUUCUAUUACAGCGCGUGUAUACCCAGAAAUUUUCGUUAGUUGGUGUGAAAUGUGGAUGUGUGAUUAAGGCGUGCUAUGUGGCUGCGUGUGUCCCUCUUCUUUCCUUUUGGGUCUGAGCAUUAUUUACCUCCUCAUCUCAUUGUGAGCAACGUGACGCAUGCUGAGUGAGAAAGUCUGGUAGCAGAAGUCGUUGCCGACAAUUUGUUUUGACACCGUUCUCCUCUGUGUGGAUCUUCAUUUGUGUACAAAGAAAAAAAAAAGAGAGAGAAAAACAAAACUCGGUGCUAGACACCAAAGUGCAAUGAUGACAGAGUGUAGAGCUGUGCUUAGGCAAAUAAUUUAUUCGCAUAUAGCGAGCUAGAGCUGAAAGGCAAGUGAUAAAUAAAGAGAUGUUCGAGUGCGUUAUUUUAUGUGAUAUAUAUGUCGUGUGUUAUCCUACAUUUUAUGCCGCCCUGGGCUGUUCGAAGAAUGAUUACGUGCCUUCUGCGAAAAUAGUGGUCUGCCUUCGAAUAAUAAACUGUUACCAUAAACUA